AUGUCCCUUUGUUUAUCUUUCAAUGUGUUCACUCUCUACUCACGGAAGUAUCAAAGCCCCAAAGCUCAUUUCUCUUCUCAAUUCAUCAAUCAGAUUCAGGUAAAUUCAUUCUCACAUUUAUUACCAUCUUUUCCUUUGAAUUCAUCACCGCCCUUUAAGUUUAGUGUAAAAAGAAUCAACCCCAUUAAAGUUUCAACGUCAACAAGAGUUGAAGCUACUCAAUCUUCAUUUAGAAACAAGAAUCCGAAAGAUAUUAACAUUUUGGUUGUGGGUUCAACUGGAUAUAUUGGAAAGUUUGUUGUUAAAGAGUUAGUUGAUAGAGGCUUUAAUGUUAUAGCCAUUGCUAGAGAGAAGAGUGGGAUUAGAGGUAAAAAUAGUAAAGAAGAGGCUCUGAAUCAGUUACAAGGAGCUAAUGUGUAUUUCUCUGAUGUUACGAAGGUGGAAACUUUAGAAAAAUCAUUGAAUGAUUUAGAUGUUUCAGUUGAUGUUGUGAUUUCAUGUCUUGCUAGUCGUACUGGUGGUGUUAAAGAUUCAUGGAAGAUUGACUAUGAAGCAACAAAGAAUAGCCUUGUUGCUGGAAAGAAAUUUGGGGCUAAACAUUUUGUGUUGCUUUCUGCCAUCUGUGUGCAAAAGCCUCUUCUUGAAUUUCAGAGAGCGAAGCUUAAAUUCGAGGCUGAGCUGAUGAAAGAAGCUGAAGGUGAUAGUGGUUUCACAUAUAGUAUUGUGCGGCCAACUGCAUUCUUUAAGAGUUUAGGGGGUCAGGUCGAGUUGGUUAAAGAUGGGAAGCCUUAUGUGAUGUUUGGGGAUGGAAAUUUGUGUGCGUGCAAACCGAUUAGCGAAGCUGAUUUAGCUUCGUUUAUUGCAGAUUGUGUGUUGAGUGAGAAUAAAAUUAAUCAGAUUUUGCCAAUUGGUGGACCAGGUAAGGCAUUGACACCAUUAGAGCAAGGGGAGAUAUUGUUUAGAUUGUUGGGGAAGGAACCGAACUUCUUGAAAGUACCAAUUGGGAUAAUGGAUUUUGCCAUAGGGGUUCUUGAUUUCCUCGUCAAGAUCUUCCCUUCGAUGGAAGAUGCAGCUGAGUUUGGGAAAAUUGGAAGGUAUUAUGCAGCUGAGAGUAUGCUGGUUUUGGAUCCUGAGACUGGUGAAUAUAGUUCUGAGAAAACUCCUAGUUACGGGGAGGACACCCUGGAAGAGUUCUUCGAAAGAGUGCUUAGGGAAGGGAUGGUUGGUCAGGAAUUAGGUGAACAAGCAAUCUUAUAA